CAUGUAUUGCAAUGAGGUGCUCAAAGGUGGUGGCAUUCAUCGACUGAAGCUUCAUUUGGCUGGAGAAAAGGGUGAAGUGAAGCAAUGCACCCAUGUUAGUGCGGAGGUUAGACAUGAAAUGCAGCAAAGUGUGGAGAAUUUUAAUGAGAAGAAGAGGAAGGCUGAUGAAGAUACAGCUCGUGUUAGAGGUGGUGAUGAUCGGGAAGAAACACCUCAGCAGGUUGCCACUGCCAAUCGAGUCACUCGAGGGUAAAAGGGUAAAUCUAAUGCAUCAAGCAAGACAACAACGAACCAGGGAGUUGACAGAUUCUUUUUAUCUAGAGGCCAACCAGGUGAUCAACAAACCAUAAAGAGUGUGUUGCAAUCUAAAGAAGCUCUAGAAAGAGUUGAUUUGAUUAUAAAUAAAUGGUUUCUUGAUGCAUCUAUUCCUUUCAAUGCAACUACUUCUAGAUACUAUCAGCCUAUGAUUGAUGCAAUUUCUAGCAUUGGUAGCGGUUAUAAAGGGCCAAGCAUGUACAGAAUGCGUGGCCCUUUGCUAACAAAAAAUGUUGAAGCAACUAAGAUGUUUGCGGAAAGCUAUCGGAAUUCAUGGAAGGAGAGUGGCUGCACUAUUAUGGCUGAUGGUUGGACUGAUAGGAAGAAACGAACACUCGUCAACUUCUUGGUGUACUGUCCAAAAGUAGAGGAGAUUGAGAAGAGGUUUCAGAAAAAGAAGAGAGCAAUCCAGCAACCUGUACUCAAAGCUAUAGAGGAGAGGUGGGAUAAGCACCUAAACAAAAAUCUGCACGCAGCUGGCUUUUGGUUUAACCCAACCAACCAAUAUGAUAAAGAGCUUAUGUCAAAGUACCACACCACUACUUCUGGGGUUAUUGAUGUUAUUGAGAGAUAUGCAGCAAAAGAUCCAGCUUUGCGCAAGGCUUUGACUAAAGAAAUGAGGAUUUUCAGAGGUGCGGAAGGAGAUUUUGGCCGAGUGACAGCCAUUGCUGAUAGAGAUACAAUGCUUCCUGAUGAAUGGUGGUUGACUUAUGGAUGUAGUGCUCCAAAUUUGCAAAAGCUUGCUAUUCGUGUCUUAAGCCAAACUUGUAGUGCUUCUGGUUGUGAGAGAAAUUGGAGUUUGUUUGAACACAUACAUUCCACAAAGAGAAACAGACUUGAGCAUCAAGUGAUGAAUGAUAUAGCUUAUGUUCAAUGCAACUCUAGGCUGGAACAAAAGUCCCAACUCUCCAAAAGAAACUAUGACCCAAUUUGUUUGGAGGACAUUGUCAAGUUUGCUGAAGAUUGGAUUCUUGAAGAUGAUCCCCAAGUAUUAAAUGUGGAAAAAAUUGAGAGAUAUCGGAAAGGUUUGGUGCCAAAUGACAAAGAGAUUUGCAAUGCCAUUGCCAUGAAUGACGAGGCUCGCUGGAUUGAUGAAGAUUAUGAAAAUGAUAUGAAUGCUUCUCAAGAAAAUGAACAUAAUGGAGGAGGUGAAGAGGAAGAUCACACUGAUGCAGGUCGAGUAGUUGAACAUAAUGGAGAUGAAGAUGACUCCUUUUAUGAAGAGAAUCGUGGCAGUGUGACAGAUUGGACCUUCGAAUACCGUUGAGUUUGGCGCCAUGUUUCCCGAACUUGAGACUUUGAAAGUUUAUUUCUUGCAUCUG